CACUACAACAGUUCAGGUUGUGGCGGCAUUGCCAGAAGUCCUCCAAACCACGGGAUUGUUGCCAUUUACUGGAUAAUCGAUCCGUUUUCUCGGGAAACAACUGCUUGGUGUGAAAGACGGACGGAUUCCAGGUCCGUUCCGACGUCUACAACACACAGCAAUAAUAAUCUGAUAAUCCCCAGACUCCCAAAUUGAGGGAAUUGAGCGGGACCGUUGGGACUUCUAGGGUAUAUUUUGGUUGCUUCUGCGCAGAAGUAGCGAAGAAUCCUAUUAUACACUUUUGUAUUGCGGAGCAAACGGAUUGGAUGCAUGAAACGCUAAGUUAUUCAGGGCGCUGUUGUUUUGGGGACUUGUCAUUGAGGCAUCAAACAGGAGGGGGUUGAACAGCCGAACUGGAUUCAGCGCUCGGGAUGCGUCUGUUAUAGCGGGAUCUCUUGACCUGAAAACUGUUGUUUUCUGAACUUCUCCGUCUCGUCCCCCUCGUCGAGCGGUUUCUCACGACUUUUCGAUCUGCAGAGUCCGAUAGAGAGUCGCACUGCUCUUUGAGCAUCUGUUCGCAAUUACACGGGCUUUGGACGUGAUCUAGAUACCUGGCUGUACUCAACUCUUCCCUCGGCAUAUUCCCGCUUUUAUCGCGCAACAACUGCAGACGUUGCGUUAAGUGCAGUUUUAUUAACAGUUGAACGAAAGCACACUGCAUUCUCGUCGAUUUUCUGUCGAAUUGUGAAGGGCUGGACUGAAGUGGAUUCUGUCGAAGUUGCAUGAAUUACCGAAUCGCUCGUUGCAGAUCGCAGUAUCAGAUCGGAUAUUUGGCGCAAGGCGUAAAGUGCGAUGGCGAUGUUGGCGACUUUUUGGAUACUCCUGCUGGUCGCUUUAAACGCUCCAGUGGGCAAUGGGCAGUCGGUGCAGACGGACCCCAGUAAGUCUGGAUUUGUGGGAGAUACAGUCGAGCUGCGCUGUCUCUUUAUCAACAGUAAGCCACCAGUGAAGAUCUCUCAGGUCACCUGGCAAAAGCUCAUAAAUGGCACCAAACAAAACGUUGCCACUGCUAACCCAGCCCUUGGAGUAUCAGUUUUGCCCCCUUUCAAAGAACGUGUGAGCUUUAAGCACCCCGCCGUGCGCCAGAGGACCCCCUCUUCUCUCGAGGACACCACCAUUGUGUUCAACAGCCUACGGCUUUCUGAUGAGGCAGCCUACAUUUGCGAGUACACCACCUUCCCAGCAGGCAACAGGGAGAACAUGGUCAACCUCACCGUCUUUGCACGACCGGUAACCAAGAUGACUUUGUCCUCACCCACCAUCAUCGCACGGAUGCCAAAGCGCAAGAUGCCCGUGGCCACCUGCAUGUCGGCUAACGGCAAGCCUCCCAGUGUCAUCAAAUGGGAUACUACCAUGAAGGGCGAGGCCACGUUUCAGGAAACACGCAAUCCCAAUGGCACCGUCACUGUGCGCAGCAACUACAUCGUAAUACCCAGCCGCGAGACCCACCGGCAGAAGCUCACCUGUAUCGUCACCUACCGCGCAGAACUCUUUACCGACAGCGUCAUACUCAAUGUCCAGUAUGAACCAGAGGUGAAGAUCGAGGGUUUUGACGGUAACUGGUACCUGAAUCGCCAAAACGUGCAGCUCACAUGCAACGCAGAUGCCAACCCAGCCGUCACUGUGUACCAGUGGAAAUUGCUCAAUGGAUCUCUUCCCAACAAUAUAGAAAUCAAGAACAACACACUGUUCUUCAAAGGCCCAGUGACCUAUGAGCUUGGAGGAACGUACGUCUGCGAUGCCACUAAUAGCCUCGGCACACGCUCUGGAUUGGUUGAGGUCAACAUAACGGAAUUCCCUAACUACCCGUCAUCACCUGAUGGCAGUGAGAUCCCACUGGUGCAGCAUAGUUCCGGCGCUGCCAUCGGCAGUGCGGUCGGUGGAGUGGCCCUGCUGGUCGCCGCCAUCGUGCUGCUCGUCUUCUUCCUGCGGCGUCGCCAGCGCACCUUUAAGGGUGACUACAGCACCAAAAAACAUGUAUUUGGCAAUGGAUACAGCAAGGCUGGCGGCAUGCCCACCCAUCCUCCGAUGCCCAAGAACCUGCAGUACCCCGAUGACUCAGACGAUGAAAAGAAGCCUGCUCAAAUAAGCGGACCUGGCGGUUUCGAGGGUGGCGAUCGGGAUUUUGAUGGCAACUCUGAGGAUUUGAAGAGACCCUACUUCACAGUAGACGAAGGUGAAAAUCGUGAUUAUGAUGAACGGACUCUCGCUUUCCAAUACGACCCUGAGCCUGAGAUCACCGAUGAUAUGGUCUCCCAAACCGAUGGCUCGGUUAUUUCAAAGAAAGAGUGGUACGUUUAGAGUGGCAUGCAACAAAGCAUUAAAAAAAAUUAAUAAAUCUACAAAGUUUUGCCCUCUUCUGCAUCCAACCACACCCAACCACCUCCAUCACUAGAACCCCAUCCCUCCAUGUGUUUAAUCCCAAUCUACACCUCACCCCAUCCCCCUGAACCAGUAACCUCCGCCCCCAUCAGAGACCAUUGAAAUAAACAGCUGUAGAAAAAAAGCUUGCAGCAUCGACACAUCAACAUCAUUACAUAUCAACACGCUUUAAGAUGAACCUGCUACGAAAGCAAGAGGAAAUCUCAAUGACUGAGGCCAAUAAACAUCCACUAAAGCUGGACAGGCAGGUUGCUUGAAAACUAUUACAGUGUAUUAUCAUUUUUGUCUCAUUUUGUUGUUAUUAUAAAUGUAUUAAAUGUAUAAAAAAGAGACUGUAACUGUUUUGGGAAGGGGUAUAUUGCUGGUCAUAUUGUGAAAGUCUUACACUGGAUGUACGAUCUUUUUAUUGUUCGUCUUUUUUAUCUCAUUACCAUAUUGCCUUUUCUUUAAGGGUUGUUCUUUUAGUUUGUUUUUUAUAAUCUUGCUUUUUAUGUGGAGUGUUGGUUACCAGAAAAUUUGGAACUAAAUAUUAGCAAUUCUUACAGAUAUUUGUGUGAUUAUGAGGUCAGAGGUCAAAUUAGCACUAUUGUGUUUAUGGAAAUGUCAUGAUUUUGCUGUCCAUAGUGCAACACAUUGCUACGCCUAUCAUCUAGAGGACCCGUUGGCUGUAAUUCCUGAACUAAUGCAUGUGGCUAAAUGCAUUGCCUGAAACAGUGCGAUCCAAUGGAAAAAAGCAAAUGGGUUCUGACUGCUGUCCAAAAACAGUAUUUAUUUUAAGACACUGCUAUGAGGGCUCAACAUUGAAAGCUGAGCGACAGAUCUGCAGUGUUUGUCAUAUGUACACUGCAGUCAAGCAUGCAACCUGUAGGAACAGAAUCUAGACAGAUAUACUGCACCCAUCCACCUCUGAUGCCAAAAACUGAUGAGAACAAUUGAGGAGCAGAUGUCUGUGAAAAAAAAAAAAAAAGAAAAACUCAAUUUCUUAGUUGGUCUUUGUCCAUCCAUCCAAAAUGUGCCAUCAUGUGAAGUGUCUUCAUAGCAAUGCUUUAUCCAAGUCCAUUUCCUCUGAAACUCAUAAAGGAACAGUUCACCCAAAAAUGAAAACUCUGUCAUCAAUUACUCACCCCUUGUAUCUUUCAAAACCUGUUUGACUUUCUUUCCUCUGUGGAACACAAAAGGAGUUAUUUAUAACAGAAUGUCUAAGGUGCUAUUUUCCAUAGAAUGGAAGUAAAUGGUGAUCAUGACUUUAAAGGCAAGAUCAAUGACUAAACUUUAAGUAUGUUCCUCACACAAAUGUAUCAUAUGACUUCAGAAGAUUGAGAACAUUGUGCAUAAGUCAUAUAGACUACUUUUUUGCAGGAAAGUAGCAUGAACAUUCUUCAAAACUUCUCCGUUCCACAGAGGAAAGGAAGUCAUUUGUGUUUGGAACAAUAUGAAGGUGAGUAAAUGAAGAAAUAAUUUUAUUUUCUAGGUAAACUAUCCGUUUUGGGUAUAAAAGGAUAAUCCUGUAUAAUAUGGUGUUGUUAUAAAAGACAGGGUAUUUGUUUUUAGAGUUGAUGAUGUGGAGUGGUCACUUAUGAGGUCAAAAUGUUUUCAAAAUCUUGUAAAUAUGAACAGGUUCAAUGGGAAUAUUUAGUUUCCGCAAGCCUUUAGCGCUAAUGUCAACCAUCAUUUUGAGCAUUUUGAUGGAUGCAGUUUUUCCUGGAGCAGGUAGCGUUAAAUGCAUGGGUCAUGGGAAUGAAACAACGGAAAUGUGCAAUGUCUGGAGCCAAAGUGAGAUCAGAGGUACACAUGGCAGCGACUUGCUCCCAUUGCCCAGAAAUAUGGGCACCGCAGACAGGCAUGAAACCACCACGUUAUGUACUGCUGGAUCUUAAAAACCACUGGAUCUGUUGCUAGAUUGCAGCCAUGUAUCCUUUCUAAAUCCUUUCUCGAACCUAAAUGUUGGCUAUAGACAUUUAAUAAAUAUUUAAAUAAAUGUAACGGCAUCAACAAAGGGUGACAAGAAAGUGAAAAUGCAUCAUACAUAAAAAUCGUUGAAAGUUGGGAAUUUAUCAAGCUACAUGGACAUAAGUCGACAUACCUGGCUGGCUACAAAGCCAUCAUUUCUGGCAUGUGUCUCUUUUUCUUUUGGGCCACUCCUUGUUCGGUUUAGCCAGAGACUUGGUCUUUUGUGUUGGCCGCUCACAAGAUAGGACUGCCAGACUAUUGAGUUUAGGUGUUUGUAAAAGGAAGGGCAGUAUUCACCAAAACAAUUUUAUUUCCGGAGACAAAUAACUUACCAAACUGCAUAAAUAUCACCCUCCUGAUAAAAAAAAAAGAAAGAAAAGAAAAUGCAUUAGUAGAAUCUAUCAUGUCUUGGCCAUGAAAUAUUAAAUUAUCUUGAAUGCCUUAAACACGGCUCUGCAGAAGUAAAGAGAGAUUAGGAUGCCGAAUAGCUGUAAUCACGAAGACAAUCCAUGAGGACCCGUAAAAGGAGGAAACUGGAUGAAUACUAAAUCUGCUCACUAAUGUGCAGGCCUAGAUGGAAUAUGCAGACUUUUGCAUUUCCUGGACUACUUUUGGGGGUGAAAUGCAUUUAAACCAACAUGAUCACACAGGAAAUCGGCAUGUAGUAUCCAAAAAGUUAAUGUUAACUGAAAUCGACCCCAUUCAGCUGAAUUACUGACAAGCGCCGUCCCCCAUCAGACAUUUUUACAUCAGUUCAAACAUGAACACAUUUCCCUCUAGCACUACUGACAGUGACUUGCGUAGGCAACAUCCGAAACCUGGGUUCUGGUUCCAUGGAAACCAGGAAGCAAUCACGUUCACAUAAACAAUAUUAGGGUUGGGGUUUGGGUUAGUGGGUAGAGUUAAUAAGAUAUGCAUUCCUGGUGACUGUAUUGUCACUUUUGGUGUCACCCUGUGGACAUUUCAUCUGGAAUCUGUAGCUCAUACUUGCCCAUACAUUCAACCACACUUCCAGCUUCAGCCAUUGGGGGCAGUGAUUCAAAUUUCAGUAAGCACAGACCGAUUUCAGCAGCAGAACGUUCGACCUCUUUUCGAAUUCAUAGUGUGAUCAGUAUGUUUAAAUGUGUUAUAUGGAGAUGGUAGCUGAAAGCAUUGUCUAAUUAGUCAAAAUAAAAAACACCAAAGGGGUGGGGAAUAUAUAGAAAUUAAUGCACGUUCAAAUUCUGUGGAAUUCUGCUGUUGCCGAUUCCCUACGGGAAUAUGCGAACAUCUAUGUUACUUAUGAAUUCUCAAUGUUAGACCUCAUACACACCUUGAUUUAGCCUAAAAUAGACCACAUAAUGAAUAACUGUACAUUUGUCGUUUAGAUUUAUGAUGAAUCUUGUAAUAAAGUCAGUGUGCAAUGUUAUACAAAUUGCAGUGCCUAUGACAUGUGAGAUGUAAGGUUUUACUUUUUUACAUCCAAAAUCUGUACAUAUAUAUAUAUAUAUAUUUUUUUUUUUUUUUUUUUGAUUAGUUAUUGUGUCCUGUCUGCCCUCACUGUCCAUCAUUUUAAAGACAGUAGCAUGAUAUUACACAAGCUGUAUUUUUAAAUCGCCGUCAAGCAGCCCGUCGCUGGUCCAGCAUCAUUUUUUUUUUUACCAGCUCAAAACUGGAAGCCAGCUUCAUAAUCACAGCUGUGAUUGAAGAGACUGACAUCUCUUUAGCUAAAGCACAAGCCUUUGAUCUAACAAGUUAAUUUACUAUUUAGUUACUAUUUCAAUUUCUCUUUUAUUAGCAGGUUGUUUUGAUUAAGGGUCUUUUUUUUAUUUUGUCAAGCGAAGCACAAGUUACCCAUUCACCAAAUAGCUGUUAUGGCUUUACAUGUCAGAUAAGACAUGUCAGACUUAAAUGAAUAUAAUUAAUUUUCAUGACCCAUAUCAGCUGUUUUUACUGUAGUUUAUUGCAACAUUUACCCGUCUGCGCAAGUGCAUGGGCGUACUUUUUUAUUAUUGCUGUUCUAAAUACAAAGUUCUAAAGUAUUGCUUUUUAUUUCUUCUUUUGUAUUUUCUUUAGAUAGAACAAAUCUUGGUUUUCCAUUCCAGCAACUCAUGUCUUUCUAACUGCCCACUUCAAAGCCUGACAUUCCAUUGUAAAUAAUGUAUGUAACUUGGAAACUAUAGCUCAGUUAAGGGGUUGAACAGAAGUUGGGGAGUCUUCAAGUAUAGACUUUGACUGCAAACCAAACUAGAAAACAAAUUAGACUGCUCAGCCGAUUGGAGAUGUAUCGCUUAUUGCCAUAAAUCUACUUUAACAUUGACUUCGGUAGACAGGUUUUGAUAUGUCAAUGGGUUCUGUAUAGAGACUUGGGGUUGAUGCAUUAUAAUGACUUUGUAAAUAACUGCAACAAAACAAAUGACAAAAAAGUGAAACAAACAAAAAGAACUUGUCUUCAUGCAGCCGUGUGAAUGUAUGUCUGCUGAGGUCGGUAAUGAUAUGAAAAAAAAUAUAUAUAUUGUUCACAUGUGUUGACCCUGUGAAGUAAACUGUAUUUGCUUUAAAACAUUAAAUGAUUUCAGUGUUAAAAGAUA